CACAAAUUAUACCGCGCCAUGGCCGGAAAACCAGACACUGUCGAUACCAACGGCUCUGCCGAGAAGGACCGAGAAGAUGCAAGGAGUACGGACUCUGAAUCUGAAGAGGACCGCCAGAACGAGACCGAAAAUAAGACAAACAAAGUUAUGAAUGUCCAACCGAUGGAUCGGAAGCCAAAAUUCGACUUCGCGUCUCUGAAAAGCAACUCCUCCCUUAUGAACAAACUUCCGGGAUUUUUGGCCGAGAUGGAUGCUGCAAAUCGCGAGCUCGAAGCCGAAAAGAAGGCUGGUACCAUUGCAGAGCGACGCCUCGAAAUCGACGACGACGAAGAGGAAGGCGAGAAGGCUGAACAGUAUAUCGAGAUGAACCUCGGACUUGGAGUUCUUGAGGAAAAGACAAGCGAUUCUGAGACAAGUUCUGAGGGCGAAUCCAGCGACGAUGAAGACGUUAUGGACAAGCUCAUGGGAGCCGAAAAAGACUCCAAAGAUGAAGGCGAGAAGAAGAAAGUUGGCAUUGAAGAGGUCUGAACUAGAGCCUCGCAGGGAUCCGCUAUGUCCAGAACAGCGCCACCAUGCGCCAUAACGUUGUCAUAUUGAGAGUGCGCAUUCAAUUGGAGGGGCUAUAAGGUAUACGAUACGAUAUCAACGAGCAUUCGGAGUUGGGAUGGGGGCAUAUGUUUCAUGGGAGAAGGUUGCACGGGGGAGUUAUGGGAUAAUGGGUGUAUAUUUCUGGGCCGAAGGUGUAUAUACUUGAUAUGAAUGGGUACCAAUGUCUGCGGAAACGCAUGGCAGGAGUUUUACCAGCAUUGGCGGGGCCAUUUUCAGCAUAUGGGCAUAGGAUUGGUUUCGGGGAAAAUCGCCAUUCGACCCUACCCUGCAUCAUAGAUGAUUUGCAGGCUUUUCAACCUGCACACGACCUUAAUAUGAAGCUGUAAAUUCUCUA